CUUGGCCUGCCACAACAACACAGGAAGAGCGUGAGCGUCUGUCUGUAAAACAAAUAAAUAGCAGCUUCGCGGUGUCCGAGUGCUCAGUCCUGGACAUGUAUUAUCAACUAACAGCUUUGAGUUAAUUUGAAUGCUGAAGUCAUGAUUUCGCUCUCAGGCCUGAACGACUCCUUGCUGUUAAACGCAAACGUUGCGGCUUUAAUAAUAAUCGCGUUGGCGCUGGUUGCUCUUUAUCAAAAACAGCGGAAUUUAAGAUAUAAAAACAUUCCGCCAGGUCCGAAGCCAUGGCCAGUGGUCGGAAACUUCGGCGGCUUUCUCGUACCCUCUGGUAUCCUCAGGAAACGGAUCAUAAACCCCACUGACGGUCUGGCAGAAUUGGCUAAAGUUUAUGGUAACAUAUACAGCCUUUUUGUAGGGAGUCAACUUAUCGUGGUGCUCAAUGGCUAUGAAGCGGUCAGGGAUGCCCUCUCAAACCAUCCGGAGGUGUUCUCCGACAGGCCAGACAUCCCUACCGUCACUAUCCUGACUAAACGCAAAGGGAUCGUCUUUGCACCUUACGGGUCAGUAUGGCGAAAGCAGCGCAAGUUCUGCCACACCACACUCCGCAGCUUUGGUCUGGGGAAGCUAAGUCUGGAGCCUUGCAUUAAGGAAGGCCUUGCUACAAUCAAAACAGAGCUGCUGCGGCUGAAUGAGGAGUGUGGUGGCGCUGGUGUGGACCCGAGUCCACUAAUUGGCAACGCUGUGUCAAACGUCAUCUGCACACUGAUCCUGGGUCAGCGCUUCCACCACGAGGAUCGCGAGUUCCGCACCAUGCUGGACCUGAUGGCGCGAGGACUGGAGAUCUGCAUGAACAGCCCGGCAGUCCUCAUCAACGUUUUCCCGCUGCUCUACUGGUUGCCUUUUGGAGUUUUCAGAGAGUUGCGUCAGGUGGAAAGAGACAUCACCGUGUUUCUUAAGAGGAUUAUUACAAAGCACCGUGCAACACUAGAUGCCGACAAUCCAAGGGAUCUCACAGACAUGUACUUGAUGGAGAUGCUGGCCCAGCAAGAUGCUAGAGAGGAGGACAGCAGCUUCACAGAGGAUUAUCUCUUUUAUAUCAUAGGAGACCUCUUCAUUGCUGGCACUGACACCACCACCAAUUCGGUUUUGUGGACUCUGCUUUAUAUGGUCAUAUACCCUGAUAUCCAAGACAAGGUCCAUGCAGAGAUUGAUGAAGUAGUGGGCAAAGAUCGGGUGCCGUCUCUGACUGAUAAGGGAAGUUUGCCUUUUACUGAAGCCACCAUUAUGGAAGUGCAGAGAAUGACUGUGGCAGUUCCCCUGGCUAUUCCUCACAUGGCCUCACAAACAACAGAGUUUAGAGGCUACACUAUUCCUAAAGGGACUGUCAUUUUGCCCAACCUGUGGUCUGUCCAUAGAGAUCCCACUGUGUGGGAUGAUGCAGACAGUUUUAACCCAGAACGCUUCUUGGACAAUGAGGGAAAGCUGCUCAGGAAAGAGUGCUUCAUACCAUUUGGGAUUGGUCGCAGGGUAUGCAUGGGUGAACAGCUGGCAAAGAUGGAGCUGUUUCUGACGGUCACCAGCUUACUGCAGGCCUUCAAAUUCAGGCUCCCAGAGGGAAAGCGUCCACCUCCCCUGCACGGACGGUUCGGACUGACACUAGCACCUUGCCCAUUCACUGUGUGCGUGACUGCUCGCAACAGUGAAACUGACGUCCUGUAACAAGGAAACUCUGAUGAAGGACUUCACAAAAAGUAGAAAAUAUUUUGAUCUUAUUCUCCUGGAGAGAUCUAAAUAUAUAGGAAGUUUAUAGACACAUUUUUUUAUUAGAGAAGGGUGCUCCUGUUUGACUGAAAUCCCAGAUAAUUUAUUUUUUCAUUACCAUCUGGAUUAUGUGGAUGAUUUAAGCUGCUGCUGAGUGAACAGAAAUUUGAAAAGUAAUAACUGAUAUUGAGACUGCAGUACUAAGUGAUGGCUUAUCUCAUUUAAAAAAAAAAAAUUUAAAUAAGGUCAGUGUUGCGAGAUGACUCUAAUUUUAAAAGUCAUAAGAUAAUAACUGUAUUAAUAUUUAUCCUUUUAUUGUAUGAUUUGCUUUGCAUCAUAGAAAUUAGCAAGCAUAAAGCAAUGUGCAAAAGUCUUGAGCCACCCCCCAUUUCAUUAUAUUUUGGUAGGGAAAUGGAUGCAAAGAUUUAAUUAGAGGUGUAAAAAGAAAGUACAUGGAACAGCUGUUUAUAUGUAAUAAUGUAAUAUGUACAAUUCUAGCAUCCUUGAAAGUCAAUAAUUGACAGGACCACAUUUAUUCUUCAACACAGUCUGAACUCUUAGGCAGCUUUCUUGUUAUUUCUUUAAGUAGUCUUCACCAGUCUUCUCCAGGCUCCUUGAACGACAUCCAGAGCUCUUCUUUGGAUGUUUUUGCCUUUUGUUCCAUUCUCUGUAAAGUUGUACAUCUCUUUUGACAACCUCAUAUUGGUGAUGGUUUGAACUAAUUAUUUCAAAUUUGUUACCACUGAUUUUCAGUCCAGUUCUUGUGUGAUUUGGCAUACGUGAGCCUAUUUCCUUUGUUUCUAUUUCAUAAGAAUGGCUUCUCGACAACCAGCUUUCCACUGACAACAUUUCUGAUGAAACUAUGGCAAACAGUGGAUGAAAUAUGAUGUGCCGCAUCCAUCUCUUCUGUGUCAGGUCUUAGCUGGAUUUGUUUCCUGUUUCUUAAAAACAUGACUUUCAGAUACUAUUCAUCAGAUGUUUUUAGACCUGCUGCUUUAUUUGUUUGUUUGUCCUCAGCGUGUUCAUUUUCCUUAUUUUUUUUUUUUUUAAGAAUACACUGCACGCCAUGCCACGAUAUGUCAAGUUUUAAGCUAAUGGCUCUUUGGGAAUCACCUUAUUGAUGGAAAAUACUAUUUCUAAUGUCUGUCAAACUCUUUUACCUUUUCCAUUUUUCAUAGAUUCAGCUAAAGAAAUGGGAAAAAAAUAUGUAUUGUUACUAACAGUGCCUAAACUUAGGAGAGAACCAAUUUAAAAUGUAUUUUUAAUAAGUCGUCUAUUACAUGUAGCUAUAACACUGGUUCGUUGAAUAAGUUAGAUGCUGGUUUUUUUUUUUUUAUCAUUUAAUGAUACAUAGGUGAGUGUUAGGUGGCUUAACAAAAAUAGAAAAACACACACACAUUCCACUGAAAAAGGUCGGGUAUAAGGACUGUUUGUUCGACAACCACAAACUCUGGACUCAGGAAAACACAAUGUGAGAGUUCAUUACACAUUAAAUUGCUAGCUGGUGCCUUCUUCUUCGUUUGCAUAAAUUGAGAAAUUUCACCCAUAAACUGAUAAACAACAUGUAGAAAUUAGGAAUGAAUGAUACAGACCGAGAUCGUUUCUAAUGUAAUCAAACCCAGAAGAUGGCAGUAGUACAACUCCACGAUUGCAAGCGGAACCGGCUGUGAUCACGUGACCGCCAGCACUUCCGCUUACCGCACAUCUCUUUGGAAGGAUGCGUUAACACAGUCGCCAUAUUAGUCAGGGACAAUUGCUAUUACUGAUUAACACAAUAUAAUUUUCAAUAUUUGUUUUCUGACAUAGCUUUAAUUAAAAUACACAAUUUAUUUUUAUGGCAUAAUGCAGCUUUAAACUGAGGCACGUUUCUACCAAGAAAACAUCCCUAUUUUUUUUUUAUCUUGAAUUAAUAUAGUUGAAAUUUAAGUCAAAAGUUUAAAAUUUUAUGUAAAAAUUUCGAUUUACAAAAUUCCUUGGAAUUACAGGGUCUCUAGCUAGUUGAAUAGGAUACCUAAUUCGAAAUUUUGAGUCAUUAACUCGCAAUUUCCGAAUUAAGUUGGGAAAUAAUUAACAAAAAAAUAACAAAUAGAAAAAAAUAAAUAAAAAUGAAUGGCGGACUGGCAGUUUUGGGUGAGUGCGUGUGUGUCACUUAACAGAAAUGAUCGUUACUUACUGUAAAGGGUUACUCACCCUAAUAAAUCUAAUUGAAGACUAAAAUGUGCUUAGAUACUCUAUAGACCUGUGAAAUGUAUUAACUGUUGCUUAGGUUUCGCAUUUCUUUUUUUUAUUUAAAAAAAACAAAACAACAACCA